GUAGGCGCGCACGCGCACACCCUGGGAGCCCCAAGGCUCGCGUUCCUGCUGGAAUGUCGCGCCGCUGGUUUUUCGUUCCGGGCUCUUCCUCGAUGGUUACCGCUCUGAGCUGAUUUUAGGGGGGUUCCUCAGCCUCCGGUCCCCGUUUGGGGUGUAGCGAGAAGCGGGACUGGGCCUCUGGGGUCAGGGGUUCACCGGUGAAUGGAUCGGGAGACGCGCACCUUUGCCGAGCGGUACUACCGGGGCCUCCGAGACCGAGUCCCUGGCGGCGGCGGCGGCGUCCCCACACCCAGCGGCGUGACCUUCAUUGAGACCCCGGACGCCUUCUCCUAUGCUGACUUCGUGAAGGGCUUCCUGCUACCUAACUUGCCCUGUGUGUUUUCCAGCGCCUUCACCGAGGGCUGGGGCAGCCGGCGGCGCUGGGUGACCCCGGAGGGAAAGCCUGACUUCGAAUAUCUGCAGCAGAAGUAUGGAGACGCGGUUGUACCGGUUGCCAACUGUGGAGUGCGGGAAUACAAUUCAAACCCCAAGGAGCACAUGCCCUUCCGCGACUAUAUCAGUUACUGGAAGGACUACAUCCAAGGGGGUUACUCCUCUCCGCGGGGCUGCCUCUACCUCAAGGACUGGCAUCUCUGCAGAGACUCCUUGGUGGGUGACUUGGAAGAUAUAUUCACCCUGCCCGUGUACUUCUCAUCAGACUGGCUGAAUGAGUUCUGGGACGUCCUCAAUGUGGAUGACUAUCGUUUUGUCUAUGCAGGCCCCAGGGGCACCUGGUCUCCCUUCCAUGCAGACAUCUUCCGAUCCUUCAGCUGGUCAGUCAACAUCUGUGGGAAGAAGAAAUGGUGGUUCUUCCCGCCAGGGCAGGAGGAAGCCCUUCGAGACUGCCAUGGUAACCUGCCCUAUGAUGUGACUUCCACCGAGCUCCUGGACAGCCACCUGUAUCCGAAGACCCAGCACAACAGCCUUCCCGUCGAAGUCAUACAGGAACCUGGUGAGAUGGUGUUUGUGCCCAGUGGGUGGCACCAUCAAGUGUACAACCUGGAUGACACCAUCUCUAUCAACCACAACUGGAUCAAUGGCUGCAACCUGCCAAACAUGUGGCACUUCCUGCAGCAAGAGCUCCAGGCCGUGCAGCAUGAAGUUGGAGAAUGGAAGGGCUCCAUGCCUGACUGGCACCACCACUGCCAGGUCAUCAUGAAGUCCUGCACAGGAAUCAAUUUUGAAGAAUUUUACCAUUUCCUCAAAGUCAUCGCUGAGAAGAGGCUCCUUGUCCUGGGGCAAGGACUGAAGGGGAAUUCAGUGGACAGCAGGAGCCUAGGCCUGGGCCUACAGCAGGCUGCAUUUGAUAUUGGCCGCCUUGCAGACGUGCUGGCCUCUGUGGUUGUGAAUACUGACUUUCAGAGAGUGGACACUAGUGCAUUCUCACCACAGCCAAAAGAGUUGCUUCAGCAGUUGGAGGACGCAGUGACUGCUGCAGAGGCCCUUUAGUAUGCUGUAGAUCAAGAUGCAGGAAGAAUUCUGGAGAGCAGCCUCUUCAGGAGGGCCAAGAGCCCUUCUGGAAAUGCAGGCUACCUUCCCCUGAGGAAUAGGAUGUGCCCCAAACCUGUGCCAGUGCAGUACUUGCAGAGGCUGGACCUUGAGGAAGGCCCAGCCAAAGUGGGAAUUUAACUCUUGGAGGCUAGAGAGAUGUUCACCUAUCUGGCCUCUAGCAAGCCUGCCAAGAAUGUGAAUUGAGUAGUGGUCAUGAAACCAGGUUUCUUUGGAGACUCUCAGCCUCUUGCAGUUAUCCUAGGACUCUUGAGUGAUGGACAUCUGAUUUGCCUACCUUGGAGGUGUCCCUGUGUAACCUGGGACACACACACACACACACACACACACACACAUAUAUAUAUAUAUGCCCUCCAAGCCUCUUCAUCCUCUAGUUCUGUUCUAGGAGCUCCAGAUGCCAACUGAACUAGGAGGAAUUAAUCAGUGUAUGAUAAGCUCAAGGGGGAGGUCUUUUUUGUUUGUUUUUAAGGUAUUUAUUUAUUAUAUGCGAGUACACUGUAGCUGUCUUCAGACACUCCA